AUGGAACAGACGAAUCGAAUUAUUAUUGGAUCCACUAUUCUUACAUUCUCACUUAUAUCAAUUUUUCUGAAUAUCACUGUUACUGUUGCACUACUGCAUAAUUGGAGUUCAUUCCGAAGACAGCCGUUCAUUCAAUUUGUUCUUAGUAUGAUACUUGCUGGAACAAUUUACACGAGCGUUAAUUUCUUCGUGUCUAUCCCAUGUUCCUUCAACUAUUGUCAAUAUUUAAAAGAUGACAACCUCCUGAUCAUCCUAUCGCUACCAAAUACACUCAGUUUUUUUGCAUAUCUUCUAGCCAACUUCGGAUUCUCAAUCUAUCGGUCUUGUAUAGUUUUCGAUAUACUCCGGAAUCAUCUGAGAGCUGUUCAAAUCGUAACUCUAUAUCUUCCCUGGAUUUUGUCCAUUUACACAGUCGUUGAUACCACAUCUCGUGGGUGUAUAAAAAGAUUCAAUCGGUGGUCCAUCGGGUACACAUACAACUGUUCUAGUUGCAAUGUUUGGUUUGGAAUCAGUUUCAUUGAUGUGAAUUUUUAUGCUGGCCAAGUUCUCCCUAUUCUGAUGUGUAUAAUGUAUGGCCUCAUGAUUUUGAAUAUCUAUUGGAAAAAGACACACAAUGAUGGAAGAUCUAAAAAGUUCACGGCAUUCGAUGUCAAACUGGCAAUCCAAUAUCUCAUUGUGUGUUCUGUUCAAUAUUUAGCAUCUUUCCUCUUCUAUAUCGUCCCAAAAGUUGGAAAUGGCAGUGUGUUAGCAGUGAUUGCAAUGAAUAUCAUCGGCGUAAUUGACAUGGGACUCAAUCCGCUUAUUCUGCUCAUUUUUAACUCAAAAAGCAUAUUCAUAAUAUUGAUGAACGUUGGUCUGAUCCGAAUCUUCAACUACAUUCCACCACUCUGUCCCUGGGCUCUGAAACAGUAUCCCGAACCGACUCAAUUCAUUUCCCUACUAUUCAUCGAACAAUAUUUCAAGUUUGUCAAGUGUCUCAUUUUCUGUUUCAUGAUAGUUAACAGAGCCAAUUGUGUUAUAUGCCCAAUGUCUGUUGGAACGAUUCAGAAAUGUGUUAUACCUCAUGUCAUCAUGUUCUCCUUUCUCAGCCCUUUCAUUGGAGUCUGGACAGCUUUUCUAUCGGAGAGUCAGUUUAUUCCAUUUCAAGGAGGAUUUAUUCAUGAGAGCAAAAUGACAUUUCAUUGGAUUUAUUUCCAUCAAUCUCAUGCUUCAUCGCUGGAAAUGUUCGAGUUCUGGAGAGCUCUGUCAGCAUUUUCAUUUGAUAUUCUAGUGGUUUGCCCACCCGUCAUAAUGUUGUGUCUGAAUGUGAGACUUCGAGUGGAUGCAUUCUCCCAAAAUAAUACUAUGGAGAACACAUUGAGUUCACCAAAAUAA